CCACAUGAACACAGACAAAGGGUCGCAUUUGGUCCCGGGCCGCAUAGGUCUAAUUUAGAGCGUCGAUAAUAAAUGUCAUAAUUCGCGUCAGAGUACGAUGUUGCAAUUCAAUUGACGAUCUUUGUUUGAGUGGUACCUUGUCGGCUGGCUUGUUUCACCCGGAUGGUUUUCAUCGACACACCCGCAGGAUAUCCAGUACCACUUCUUCGGAACCGAAAAUAGAAGUGUCGGGUGGAGUCAUUCUUGAUGGAUUUCACUGUUAUCUGACUGGUUUUAGUUGCAUUCUUGGUGAGCAUGGAGGCUAGCUGUGGUGCACCAGUCUGGGCCUCAGCGGGAGCGCUUGAAUAUCCAGGCCGAGAGGAGGACCAGGAAGUCGGGGAACUCUUGACUCACAUCACCCUGGAAGGCACAGCGAUGUAUCCGACCCCAACGGCCCCAGACUUGCAGAUGACUGCUCAGGGGGUCCAGACGGACCUCAGCACCGUGGAGGCGACGGUGAACACUGACCCAGACUGGGAGAAGCAGGUCAUGCUCUUGUUGGAGCAGAGCAACGAGCUGGCGCUGCAGCACAACGAGCUGAUGAGGAAGCAGAGCAAGGAGGGAGACGACCACCAGACGCAGGUCCUGCAGCUGCAGGAGAAGAAGCUGGAGGCCACGCGACAGCACCAGGCUCUUCUGGAGAAGGUGGACUCUGUGAGGGUGAAACUGCAGCUGAACAACUCCAAGUCCACCAGGAAGAACUUCCUCACGAAGAAGCAGGAGCUGAACUCAGAGAAGUGCCAGGUGGAGGAGGAGAGGAACAGGUUGGCCACUGAGCUGGAGGAGAGCAACAGGAAGUUGGAGCAGCUGACUGAGGAGCAGUGUGAGGAGUAUCAGGUCUGGCAGGAGGAGCUGAUGCAACUGACAGAGGUGGCAAAGCAGCUCAAGAAGGAGGCGCAGGAGGCGGAGCUUCAGGCGCUGAAGGAUGAGAUCAUCGCAGUGGAGAAGAAGCGAGAUGCCGCCAUGGCCUGUAUGGAGUCCUGGCUGAAGGAGCUAAGAGAUUACCUGAACAAUCUGAGAGUGGACUUCCCACAGCAGUAUCAUCAAGAGAGGUCGAGUUGGGAGAAGAAAGAAGACGUCGUCCGCAAGAACAUGGAUGAGCUCCAGAACCGCUACCGCGAAGUCCUGCGGCAGCUCCGGGAGGGUCGAGAGCUGGAUUCCCUGCCCAGGAUCAACAUGCCCGAGCUGCCGCAGGUCCCCACGGCCGAUCUCAUAUUCAACCAGCUGACCCAGUCCAUUCCCCCCUCGGCCCCCGCACCCCAGCCAAUCCCACCCAAGGGACAGGCCAACUAUUUCCACCCCGCACCUCGAUUUCAACCACCACCCCAUCACCAAAGCGUGCCCCAGUUCCAGCCCCCGACAGUGACUCCCUCCCUGCCCCACAGUCGAGCGACCCCCCCACCCACUCACACCCCCUCUGCACCGGCUAUGCCCGCCCUCCACCGUGCUCCUGCCGCUGCUCCAUCCCCGCCUCCCUCCAGUGCUGCCAGCACACUGGAGAAAAUUCUGGAGAAGCUUGCUGCUCAUUACCCACAAUGCAGCAGAGCCCAGCUCACAUCGCUGCUCCAGCAGGUGAAGGUGUCUCGCAAGAGCUUGGCUGGCCUGUCCAUCGACGAGGUGGUGGACCAGUGUCUAAAACGGGCCGCGAAAGAUAGCUCCUUUGUAAGCAUUGGCCGUCCAGCUGCUGCCGCUGCUGCCCUGGGUCCGAUCCAGAGGCCUCCAUCGUUGGACAGGCAUCAGGGCGCCGCUGGCCGGAAGCUGUGCCUCAUGUGCCAGAACUUUGUCGAUCCAGAGAGUCGCCACCCGCUAAGCUGCAGCCACACAGUGCACAGAGACUGCAUCAAGACCUGGCUCCAGUCCAGCCGGAACAACUCCUGCCCCUUCUGCCUGGCCAAGUGAGUCCACCUGAGUGACCGGACCAGGAGACCGGCUUCUGCUGUGAUGCUGGUCAACGUGUGAACGUGGUUUAAAUCAACAAGAUGUGGGAACGUUGUAUUUUAGUGUGUAAAUAAAGUUGUU